UAAGAAGUGUUGCUGUGGGGAAUUAUUAUUGGUGAGCACAUUACAGAAGCACCGCUGAAUCGUACGUAUUGAUUACUAUCUGAAGAAGCUUGCUUUGCGUGAAGAUGAACGUGAACCAGGGGACUGUUGGCAGUGACCCAGUGAUCCUCGCCACCGCGGGUUAUGACCACACAGUGCGGUUCUGGCAGGCUCACAGCGGGAUCUGCACCAGGACAGUCCAACACCAGGACUCGCAGGUGAACUCUCUAGAGGUGACGCCGGACCGGAGUAUGAUUGCAGCAGCAGGUUACCAACACAUUCGAAUGUAUGACUUAAAUUCCAACAACCCCAAUCCCGUUAUCAACUACGAUGGUGUGAGUAAGAACAUCACCUCAGUGGGCUUUCACGAGGAUGGUCGCUGGAUGUACACUGGCGGAGAGGACUGCAUGGCUCGUAUCUGGGAUCUACGGUCUAGAAAUUUGCAGUGCCAAAGAAUCUUCCAGGUCAACGCACCCAUUAACUGCGUAUGCUUGCACCCGAACCAGGCAGAGCUAAUAGUUGGGGAUCAGAGUGGAGUGAUCCACAUUUGGGAUCUGAAGACCGACCACAAUGAACAGCUCAUCCCUGAGCUGGAGGUGUCCGUUAACUCCGUGCACAUUGACCCAGAUGCAAGCUACAUGGCUGCGGUCAACAGCUCGGGAAACUGUUAUGUGUGGAAUUUGGCAGGGGGGAUGGGAGACGAGGUAACACAGCUCAUUCCCAAGACCAAAAUCCCAGCUCACAAGCGUUAUGCUCUGCGCUGCAAAUUCAGCCCUGAUUCCACAUUGUUGGCCACCUGCUCAGCCGACCAGACCUGCAAGAUAUGGAAGACGUCUAACUUCUCCCUGAUGACGGAGCUGAGCAUCAAGAGUAACAAUCCUGGGGAAACGUCUCGUGGCUGGAUGUGGGACUGUGCAUUCUCAGGGGAUUCCCAGUACAUUGUCACAGCAUCCUCGGAUAACCUUGCACGGCUGUGGUGUGUGGAGACGGGGGAGAUCAAGCGCGAGUACAGCGGCCAUCAGAAGGCAGUGGUGUGCCUGGCGUUCAAUGACAGCGUGCUGGGCUAAUGUCAGCGGCUGCCUGUAGCACGGCAUGCCAGUUACUUCACUGACGUGUGUAAGCUCAGGAGGAGAAGCAUUGCUUGGACCCAUCAUCUAUGAGGACAAUGUCGUAUACGGAAUAACUAUUAUUUGCUCAGAAAUAUUACUGGUAAAACCAUGACCUGUGGAUAUUGUCAACAUCUGUUUUCUCAUAUUAUGUAAUCCUGCAAUGCAGGAUGGGGAAAAAGGAAGUUCUGCAUUUGAGCGUAGGACUCUCUAAAGCCUCCUUUCAGCCAGCCUCUCCAUUAAGAGCUGCCCUUUCCUGUGUGUCCAUCUUGCUUUUGUCUUAUUAAAAUGUCACCCGGAGAGUGGAA